GUAAUUAUUAAAAAUGGCGGUCGCGAAUGUGCCCCUCAUUUUGCGUCUUGUAUCAUGUUCUGUAGCAGCAGCGAAUAAAGCUGGUUCUAUCAUCCGCAGUGUUCUACAAAAUGGAGAUCUUGCAGUCAUCGAUAAGGGUUUAGGUCAAGGUGAAUUUGAUCCACAAACAAUUGCAGACAGAGCUGCACAGAAAUGCAUUAUUACAUCAUUGCUACAGAAAUUUCCAUCUGUGAAAAUAGUUGGCGAAGAGGAAGAUUGCUCAGAUAUCAUUGAAGUUGCUGAAACAGAAGAUGAUUCUACAGUUCUACAACAACACUGUCCACAGGAAUUGAAGAAUUGCAAAGAGGAGGAGAUAGUUGUCUGGGUCGACCCCCUUGAUGGAACUAAAGAAUUUACAGAUGGCCUCAUUGAGCAUGUGACUGUAUUAAUUGGAAUAUCAAUAAGAGGUCGUCCAGUUGCAGGUGUAAUACACCAGCCUUUCUAUCGACCAAAAGAAAAGGGGCGUACAAUAUGGGGUGUGCAGGGUAUUGGAGCAUUUGGUUAUGAAAAAAGUACACAUGAUGGGCUAGUUAUUGUAACUACUCGUUCUCACAGCAGUGAAAUCAAUACAGCAUCAAUUGAAGCCUUGAAUCCCACAAAGAUAUUGAAAGCAGGUGGUUCAGGUUAUAAGGCACUGUUAGUACUUCUUGGUGAGGCAGAUGCUUAUAUUUAUGCAAGCAAAGGAACAAAACGAUGGGACACCUGUGCUCCAGAAGCUGUACUUUGUGCAGCAGGUGGUUCUAUGACUGACAUUCUUGGCAGGCCAAUAAAUUACCAGUAUAACAUGGAUUACAUGAACUAUGUAGGCCUAAUUGCCACUCUAGAAAAUCAUGAUAUGUUUGUGCAGAAAAUUCCAACUCAUGUUAAAGAGGCUAUGUCAAAGAAUGCAUAAUUUUGUUAUCAUUGUGCCAUGAAUGAUGACAGGUACACAUUCUAUUAGUAUAAUCUUUGACUUAGCAAAAAAUAAAUAUAUUAUGAGAAUUA